AGCACCUGAGGCCCCGCCCCGGAUCACGCUAAUGAGACAUUGCGGAUCCCCGCCCCACGGUGUUAUGCAAAUGAGCGCCCGGAGGCCCCGCCCCUCCUCCGCCAAGCUCGGGCACCGAGUCUGCGUGGCACCGCCUGGCCGGGCCCGCGGCGUCUCUGUCUCUAUCUCCUCCCCUCCGGGCCAGCUGCAGCCAGCCGCGUGGAUGGGGCGCUGGACCCAGAGUGCCAACUCUCGCCUUCCUGGGCCUCAGUUUCUGCAGCCCUGCAAUGGGGGUGACCAUCCCUGGCCCGCUGGCCGCUAGGGGCGGCUGUGAGUCUGUGGGCGUGGCCGCGGCCUGUGGGAAGCCAUAGGACGCUUUCACAGGGCCACCCUUCACCAUGGCGGGAGGGAGACCUCAGCUGAAGAGGAGUUUCUCCAUCAUUCCUUGCUUUGUCUUCGUGGAGUCGGUGCUGCUGGGGAUCGUGGUCCUGCUUGCUUACCGCCUGGAGUUCACAGACACCUUCCCCGUGCACACCCAGGGAUUCUUCUGCUAUGACAGUACCUAUGCCAAGCCCUACCCAGGGCCUGAGGCUACCAGCCGUGCACCCCCUGCCCUCAUCUAUGCCUUGGUCACCGCUGGGCCCACCCUCACGAUCCUGCUGGGGGAACUGGCACGUGCCUUUUUCCCUGCACCACCCUCUGCCGUCCCCAUCAUUGGGGAAAGCACCAUCGUUUCUGGGGCCUGUUGUCGUUUCAGCCCCCCACUGCGGAGGCUUGUCCGCUUCCUGGGGGUCUAUGCCUUUGGCCUCUUCACAACGACCAUCUUCGCCAACGCGGGGCAGGUGGUGACCGGCAACCCCACGCCGCAUUUUCUGUCAGUCUGCCGCCCCAACUACACAGCUCUGGGCUGCCCGCCGCCCUCGCCUGACCGGCCAGGGCCCGACCGCUUUGUCACCGACCAGGGUGCUUGCGCCGGCAGCCCCAGUCUCGUGGCCGCAGCACGUCGAGCCUUCCCCUGCAAGGACGCGGCCCUCUGCGCCUACGCCGUUACCUACACCGCGAUGUAUGUGACUCUCGUAUUCCGCGUGAAGGGCUCCCGCCUAGUCAAGCCCUCGCUCUGUCUGGCCCUGCUGUGCCCUGCCUUCCUGGUUGGCGUAGUCCGUGUGGCGGAGUACCGGAACCACUGGUCCGACGUGCUGGCAGGCUUCCUAACUGGAGCAGCCAUUGCCACCUUCCUGGUCACCUGCGUUGUGCACAACUUCCAGAGUCGGCUGCCCUCUGGCCGAAGGCUCUCCCCUUGGGAGAACCUGGGCCAAGCCCCCACCAUGGACAGCCCCCUCGAAAAGUUAAGUGUGGCCCAGGAACCUGAAACCUGCAGGCCGCAUUCGACACCGGCACGGCUCACCCCAUCCAAGCCGCAGAACUGCACCCGCCGUGGCCACCUGAUCCCCAGCUGCGUGUCCUCCAGGGCCCCAGCCAUGUGUUCAUCACCCCGCGUUCCCCGUCCUCGAUUGAGAUCUGAGCCCACACCCCUGCCGCUGCCGCUGCCCCUGCCAGCACCGACCCCCAUCCAGGGCCCCUCACCCUCCUCCCCCGGGCCUGGGGGGCCAGGCGGGGGUGGUGGACGUGGCCGGAAGCUGCUGCUGCCCACGCCCCUCCUGCGGGACCUGUACACCCUCGGUGGACUCUAUUCCUCCCCCUUUCACCGGGACAACUUCAGCCCCUACCUUUUUGCCAGCCGCGACCACCUGCUGUGAGGCCCGACCACCCACCCAGAAUCUGCCCUACCCGUUUCUUCCUUGCCAUGAGUUUGUGUGCGUGUGUGUGCCCUGUGAGUGCCAAAGCCCUAAGCCCCCAAACCAGCCAGGCCCAGAUGCCAGAGGAUGGCAGGAAGGACAUUUGGGAGAUCCCCCUGCCUUCCCUGCCCUCUUGGAAGUCUAAGUGGACAUAACUGGGAGGUGGGCCCCGUCCCUGGGAUUGCCCUUUUAAGGGCUAAAGGCUCCCUGGCCAUAGGAGCCUCCAGUUCUCAGAAUUCUAAACAAAGGGCAUUUACACCAGCCAAUGGGAGCUUCCUCCUCACAUCUUAGAAUCCUCAAGCAAGAGGGCAACUCCAGCCAGUAGUCAGUGUCUGAACAGCCAAUAGGAGCCCUUGGUUUUCAGAAUUUCUAGGGUGGGUGGGUAUGAUUCCAGCCAAUGGGGGACCACCCAUGUCUAAGCAUGUGCAAAGGAGAGGAGAGAGAUGGGGCAAUCCUUUGUCAUUGGGUCCUCUCUCCUCAGAAUCACAGGGUCUAGCCAGAGGGUGGGGGGCAGGUUCCCCCAGGGUGGGGUCACUGGGGACCCCUUCCCUUCUCAGUCCCUCCUCCGUGUACAACCUCUCUCCCAGGCCCUCCUAAUUCCCUGUUUAUAUCGGGCUUUCCCCAGUUCAGAGGUUUUGGGGUUCAGGGUGCUGUGCCUCCCCUUGCCUAUGCCCAGGUCACCCCAAACCCUCUGUUAUUUAUUAGGGCUGUGGGAAAAGUGUUAUUCUUAGAAUGCACCCUUGUUCUGCACACUGCCCCCCAUGCCCCAGCCUCAUCCAGAUGUGCCAUUAUGGGGGCAGGGGUGGAACAGGGAGGGCUCACCCACCCUGGGCAGCCAAAGGCAGUGGGCAGCAGAGACACUGCCCCCUCUCCUGCCCCCUCCUCAUCUUUAAUAAAGAUCUGGCUUCUCAUCUUUAAUAAAGACCUGUUUAUAACACAAUUUUGGCCACCUGCCUUCCUCCCCAAUGUGGUGGGGUGUGGAGGACUUUAACCAUGGGACUAGGUGUUGGUGAGGCUGAGUGUGGGUGUAUCUUCAUGGUGUGUCAGGGGAUGAUUGCGGAGAGCCAGUGUCAGGCCGUGGGGCCAGUGACUUGGGUUGGAAUUCUGGCUCUGCCAUUUCCUGGCUGUGAGACCUCAGGAAAGUUAACCUCUCUGUGCCCUUGUUUCUUCAUAUGUCAAGUGUGGACAGCCCCACACACCCCACGUGAGGCACACAAACAGGCGGCAAGAGAGACCUCGUGCCUGUGCCCCCCAGAGCAGCUGGCCCAUGUUUGAAUGCAGCCAGGGCAUGGAAGACACAGGGAAUACAGCGAGAAGAUCUGGAGGUACUCACAAGGAAGGGGGAUGCUGAGGGGCACUAGGAACCCAGCCAAGACCCCUAGCUACAUGGAUGAGAGCAGGGGUGCUGAUUGAUUGUGAGGUGUGCUGAGCCCCAACCCCAAGGACUCACCUGAGGCUGGGCAGUGGAGGGGAGCAAGGGAGCCACAGGCCCCAGUGUUGGUCUGAGGGGCUUCAGACAGACCAUUCGGGGUACAGAAUCAUCUAGGAACCAGGAGGGGGCAGGCGGCUUUCCUCCCUUCCACCACAUUCAUUUAUCAAACACUUACAGAGUGUCUACUGUGUGCCAAGUGCUGUUUAGGUACCAGAGCUAUAGCUCUGAAGAGAACAGACACAAAUCGCUGCUCCCAUAGAGCUCAUAUUCUAACACAAGAGACACAAUAAGCGAGAGAAAUAAAGUGCAAAUACAUCCACAAGUCCAAAUUUCCAAAAGGUCUGAAAGCCAACAUUUUUUUCAGACUCAUUUGUGGCAAAACCUGAUCUGAUCUGACACAAGCUUACAUAGAGCUUUUCUUUCUUUCACUUGAUGUGAAUAUUCAUGUUUCACUGCAGAUAAAUUGUUUAAUUUGGCCUGUUGCCA